CUCUCUCGAAAACGAAACCUAGCGCUGUAUUUAAUCUCAGAGAGAAGCUCCGCUCCACAGAACAGCGAGAACGCAGACAGAGGAGCAGAAGAGCCGGAAAUUUGCACAGAAGAGAAGUUGAAGAAGCAUGGAGAAUGGUCAAAGACGAGGGGCAGGUGGAGGUUAUAGAGGAGGUGGCAGAGGAAGAGGAGGUGCAGGAAGAGGAGGAGGAGGAGGAGGAGGCAGAGGACGAGAAGGUCCUGAAGGAGGAGGAGGCAGAGGAAGAGAAGGUCCUGAAGGAGGAGGAGGAGGAGGAGGCAGAGGAAGAGAAGGUCCUGAAGGACGAGGAGGAGGAGGAGGCAGAGGAAGAGAAGGUCCUGAAGGAAGAGGAGGAGGAGGUAUCAGAGGAAGAGGAGGCAGAGAUGGAAGACGAGGAGCAGGAAGAGCACCUGGCGGUGGUAGAGAAGAGGCUCAGAGAGGUGAGAGACGAGUAGAAAACGGAGGAAACCCAAGGCCAGAUGUUCACAGGGAGAGAGAGAGGGGAGGAAUGGCCCCAAGAGGAAGAGGAGCAAGGGAAGGAGGAAGAGGGGGGCGUGGGAGAGGGGGGAACAGCAGAGAUGGUACCCCUGAGGUUCGCAGAAUUGGGUAUAAAACUUUGGAGGACCUCCUGCUGAAAGACUCUUCCGAGGUGGCCAUCACUCUUUCCUCCAGUGCAUCACUGAGGCUUCUUCUGGACGAGAGGACCAUGCGCCAAGACCUCGUACAGCUGCUGUGCCAGGUUCUCUGCAAGGCCUUCCAGUCCAAGCAUGACCGUAGAAUAGUCCUCCAUCUGGCUCAGGUGGUCAAGGAUUCCGCCUUCUUGAAAACAGUGCUCCCUUACUACGUGACGGGGAUGAUGACUGACUCGCUCCCUGCCCGAAGGUUGCAGUACCCUCUGCAUUUGGGCAACAUCCUCAGCCUCCUAACUGACGUGGUUAGCAUGUUCCCCUCCAGCUCUGUCCGUACAGUAUCAAUGCUGGUGGCUCUCUUGAAACCAGUGGUCAACCAGCUGCGAGCAUCUGGCGUAGACAUUAGCGCCACGGUUGAAGAGGACCUGGAGAAGAUUCAAGCCAUGGUGGACCACCUCCAAGAGAAAGCGAGAGAUGGGACCCUGAGGUCAGACAACUACACCAUUCUCCUAGGGAAUGAAGAAGCUCCACCAGGGGAGGAAGACUUCAGGACCAUAACCAUCUACCCAACCCCUGAAGAGUUCCAAGGAAACCAGAAGCCUUUCUUGCGGCCCAAUAUCACGUCACAGAGGUACCCCAGCGCCCACGUCUACCUGGACACACAUUUCAGGCUUCUGAGGGAAGACUUUGUGAGGCCGUUACGAGAAGGCAUUCAGCAGCUGCUCCAGAGUCAGCAGGAUGAAGCUCUCACCCGCGUACCAAUGAGAAAGAGGCGAUUCGAUGACAUCAGAGUCUACUUUGAUACCCAGCUGGUUGUACCACUCUGCACUCCAAACGGCAUUGCCUACAAAGUGAAGUUUGAUGCACGGCCCCUUGAGUUUGUGCGCUGGGAGAAUUCCAAGCGGCUGAUCUACGGGUCCCUGGUCUGUCUUUCUAAGGACAACUUUGAAACGUUCCUCUAUGCUACGGUGUCUGACCGCGAUCCCAAAUUGCUGAGAAAAGGUGAAGUCCAGCUGAGUUUCUCUAAAGACAGCCGAGCCGAGCUGGCCAGGAUGAAGGCCUCUCAGUCCUUUCUGAUGGUGGAGACCACGGCUUACUUUGAGGCCUAUCGCUACGUCCUGGUGGGGCUUCAGGAGCAAGAAGAGGAAGAUCUCCCCUUUCAGGCGUACAUUGUGGAGUGUGACCCAGAUGUCCAUCCUCCAGCGUAUCUUCCACAGUCCAGGGAAACAUAUGAUCUCUCCUGCGUCGCAGCGGAGGGCCAUAAGGACAGCAUGAAACACGUUAACCCCCUGGAUGAAGAUGCCUGGCCAACUGAGGAGCAGCUGGGCCUGGAUGAGAGCCAACUCCGAGCCUUUAAGCUGGCCCUUACUAAAGAACUGGCUAUUAUACAGGGACCACCCGGCACAGGAAAAACAUAUGUGGGACUAAAGAUUGCAAAGGCUUUGCUGGAGAACUCGAAGGUGUGGUCUGAUAAUUCCCCAAUGCUGGUGGUCUGCUACACUAAUCAUGCACUAGACCAGUUUCUGGAAGGUAUCCACAGCUUUAUGAAGAACGGCAUUGUACGUGUGGGAGGGCGUAGUAACAGUGAGAUCCUGAAACCUUUUUCUCUGCGGGAGCUGAAGAGGACAAGAAACUUCCGCCGGGACCUUCCUUCGCACCUAAAGAAGGCCUUCAAUGAGAUUUACUUGGAUAUGAGAGAGGCGGAAACAGAGAUCCAGCAACAGUCGGCUCAGCUGGAGUGCAGUCUGCGUGGUGUCAUUAACGAGCGCUUCCUGCAGCAGUACAUACACUAUCAUCACUGGGAUAGCCUGAUCUUCAUUCCGAUGAUGAAUGAAUAUGCACAUGUAGGAGAGAAGCUGUCUGUGAUGAAAGAGUGGCUUGGCCUUGGGGAUUCUGUAUUCCAGCAGGCAGAGCAGAAUGGAGCCAAUGGAAAUGCAGAUGUGAAUGAGGAUGGUGUGGCAGCAGAGGAAGAGGCGCUUUUGGAAGUGGAUGAGGAGGCGAAUCUGAUGCAGGCUGACAGGAUUCUGGAGGAUGCUGAACCAUGGGGUCGAGAUCCUCACGAGCGCAGAAGACAGGAGAGGGACUUAGCAGAACUAGCUGAUCUCAUGCUGGCCAUGAACCUGGACCAGGCUGAGAAUCAGCCACCACAUCAGCAGGGUCAUGGACCGGAACUGGACCCUGCUGCUGAAGAGAUUUGGGAGGUGCAGCAGCACCAGAAGAAGAAGAUGAAGAAGAUGGUCCAGAAAGAGCUAAGAAAGAGUUCAACCAUGAGUGAAGAAGAAGAGGAGCAGGUGAUGAACGUAUGGCAGCUCACGCUAAAAGACAGAUGGAAACUUUAUCGUCUGUGGGUGCAGCGGUACCGGACUGACCUUCGUACGAAAACUCUUCAGGCUGAACAAGUCUAUCAAGAAGCUGCCGAGCGCCUUGCGGAAAUCCGCCGGCGGGAGGAUCUGUGCGUGCUCGUGCAAGCCAAAGUCAUCGGCAUGACCACCACAGGCGCUGCCAAAUACCGGCAGGCCCUGCAGGAGCUUCGGCCCAGGCUGGUAAUUGUGGAGGAGGCAGCUGAAGUGCUGGAGGCCCACACCAUUACAACACUCAGCCGAGACUGCCAGCACCUGAUCCUGAUUGGAGAUCACCAACAGCUCAGACCCAGUGCCACGGUGUACGAACUGGCCAAGAAUUUCAACCUGGAGGUCUCCAUGUUCGAGAGACUUGUUAACAGAGAAUUUCCCUACGUCAGGCUUAACUACCAGCAUCGAAUGAGGCCAGAUAUCGCUCGUCUGUUGACUCCACAUAUCUACUCAGAACUAGAGAACCACCCCUCUGUGUUGGAGUAUGAGGAUGUCAAGGGGAUUUUUACAAACCUUUUCUUCAUCGACCACAAGUCCCUCGAGGUGGAAAUAAAGGACAAUAAAAGUCAUCAGAACCUUUUCGAGGCUCAUUUUGUGGUGGCCCUGUGUCGCUACCUGUUGCGUCAAGACUACCAGCCCUCUCAGAUCACCAUCCUUACCACCUACACUGGGCAGCUCUUCUGCUUGAAAAAACUCAUGCCCUCCAAGGAGUUCUCAGGGGUCAAUGUUCAUGUUGUCGACAAGUACCAAGGGGAGGAGAAUGACAUUGUCAUCUUGUCGCUGGUGCGCAGCAACUUGGAGGGCAGGGUUGGAUUCCUGCAGAUACCGAACCGUGUUUGCGUAGCGCUUUCCCGUGCGAAGAAGGGACUCUACUGCAUUGGGAACAUGGAAAUGUUUAGCAAGGUGAAGCUGUGGAGUGGGAUCCUUCACACUCUGAGAGAGAAAGGUCAGGUAGGUCGAGCUUUGACGUUGAGUUGUCAGAACCACCCAGAAAAGCGGACCUUGGUGUCCUCUUCUUAUGACUUCGAGAAGGAGGUCCCAGAAGGAGGGUGCAACAAGCCCUGUGAAUUCCGCCUUGACUGUGGCCAUGUGUGCAUCCGCAUGUGCCACCCGUACGAUGUUGAUCACAAAAAGUACAGGUGCAACAAGGACUGCCCUAAGGUGCUGUGCGAACUUGGCCACAGAUGCACUCGUAAAUGCUAUCAGGAGUGUCGUAAAUGUGAGGUACUUUUGGAAAAGAUCAUUCCACAGUGCCAGCACAUACAAAAGAUGCUAUGCCACCAGGAGCCUGAACUUUUUGUGUGCCAGGAACCCUGUCAGAAGAUGCUGAGCUGUGGUCAUCAAUGCCAAGCAAGUUGCGGAGAGCCAUGCACAACCUUCUGCCAGGUCAUUGUUCCCAUGACUCUUAAAUGUGGCCACACCCAGGAUGAAGCAUGCGGCACCUCUGAGAAUGUCACAGGGCAGCUGAACUGCAGAAACAAAUGUAAAACAGUCCUAAAAUGUGGGCACCCUUGCCCCGGCACCUGCCACGAAUGCUUCCAAGGUCGCCUCCACAGGUCAUGUAGGCAUAAAUGCCAGCAUAUUCUUCCCUGUUCACAUCAGUGCCGCGUGCCUUGCUCAAGGGGCUGCCCACCGUGCACACUCCCUUGUGAGAACCGAUGUGUUCACAGUGCAUGCAAGAAUAAAUGCGGGCAGCCAUGUGCUCCUUGUGCUGAACCCUGUCAGUGGCAAUGCCCUCAUCAAAGAUGUAGCAAACUGUGCCAUGAGCCAUGCGAUCGCCCGCCAUGUUCGGAGAAAUGCGACAAACAGUUACCCUGUGGGCAUCCCUGCAUCGGGCUUUGUGGCGACUCCUGUCCAAACAAGUGCCGCAUUUGCCACCGCGACGAAGUGACUGAGAUCUUCUUCGGUAGUGAAGAUGAGCCAGAUGCUCGCUUCAUCCAGCUAGACUGCGGUCACAUCAUUGAGUCCACUGCCAUGGACCAUUACAUGAGCAUGGAUGAAGACAAAGCAGCCAGUCUUGACCAGCUGGCAAUCCGUCUGAAGGAGUGUCCCAGGUGCCGCCAACCCAUUCGCAAGAACACGCGCUACGGCACCCAUGUCAACCGCAGUCUGGCAGAGAUCGAGAAGGUGAAGGAGCGGAUCAAUGGAUCACAGUCUGACAUUAAGCAGAAGCAGGAGGAGCUCAAGAUGCUUCUAAAGAGUAAGUUCAGGCUUAUGGAUUACCUUCCAGAAGACUAUGAAAGGAUCAGGGAGAGACUUCAGAAGUCUAACCUGUCUCUCCAAGACCUCUUGCACCAGGAGAACUUGAUAUCUGUCCUUGAGAGUCUUGGGGAGCUGAUAAAGACGCAAGAGGAUUACAUGUCUCCUGAUAGGGGUCAUUUUUUCUUGCGGCGUGUUAACGAGUGCCUCAAAUUUCUGCACGAUGCUUCCCAGAGAUUCUCAGAGCAGCAAGUUGAAGAUCUCGAGCGUGAAAUGAAGAGGCUCUCCUUUCUAGCUGAUCUCAAUGUCCGCUGCAAGAAGGCUGAUUUCCAAGCACUUGGGGUCAGAGUUAAUCGAAAGGUGAGACAGGCACGAGAGAUUCUGGAGGACACUCAGCCAUUCACUGAGAAGAAUGAGCUGGAAGUGAAGGGCAUUUUAAAAGAGCUUGAUGCCGAACUCCCACGUAGUGGUCUGGGGAUCAGCGAUGAUGAGAGAAAGAUGAUUGUCAAUGCCAUGAAUAUGAACCGGGGCCACUGGUUUAAGUGCCCCAAUGGCCACAUAUAUGCGAUUGGAGACUGUGGAGGUGCCAUGGUAAGUCGCAAGUGUCCCAAUUGCGAUGCUCAGAUUGGUGGCGCCAAUCAUACUCUCACUGCGGGUAAUACUGUUGCCAGUGAGAUGGAUGGAGCACAACAUGCUGCCUGGUCAGAACAAGCCAAUUUGCUUAACUUUGACCCCAGGGAUCUUUGAAUUCGUAUACUGUUUACUGUCUGUUCUAGCGAUAUCAAAGUAAACGUGAAUUA